AUGGAUCGUCCAGUUGACGGUUUUUCUCUUGCCCGGCGGUUCCUCAACCCAUUAUUCAGGUCUCCCGGCGACCGAUUACAGGCCAUCCUUCGCAUUCACGGCCUGUCCACCGGCCAAGUUACGCGGCCUACUGCAGGAACCGCCUGGAAACGAGCACAGGCCGCCCGCUUGCUGAUUGGCCGCGGGCGCAUCCGUGAGAGGCAAGGCUCCAGAUUACAGUACAUACUGCUCUUGGUUCAUCGCCCCAAAUCAGCGAUGGCCAUGCAGCCGCCGAGGCAGACCUACUGCACCUCCAUGUCAUCGCACUGGUAG